GGCAUUUCCCAGGAAAUGAUGCGGCUCAUUAUUGAAUUUGCCUACAACAGGACUGUGACUAUCACCACUGACACUGUGGAAAGUUUGCUCAUUGCAGCAGACCAACUUAACAUCAUGGGCAUUGUCAGGCUCUGCUCCAAGUUCUUGGCAGCUCAAUUAUGCCCAGAAAACUGUGUGAACAUCUGGAGGCUUACAUGUUACUACUACACUCCUGAGCUGCGACAGGCAGCCUACGUGUUCAUCCUGCGUCACUUUGAGGAGACAUCCGAGGUGUCUGCAGAGUUUCUAGACCUCUCCCUCAGUGACCUACUGCACAUCAUCGAGAGCGACUACCUCAUUGUGAAAGGUGAAGAUGCCGUGUGCGAGGCGAUUCUGAGAUGGAUUGCUCACAACCCCCAGGACAGGAGGCAGCACAUUGCAGUCCUGCUGGGCAAGGUUCGGAUGGCACUGCUGGAAACAGAAUACUUCAUCAACUACCUCCAAAACCACGAGUACGUGAAGGACAACGAGGACUGCAAAGAUCUCUGCAUAAGAACACUGAUAGAAAUGUACAACCUCAACGUGCACGGCCGCGCCUACCUUGGUUUCACCACCAUGCUCAGCUGCCCUCGCCUGCCCGGCGCCCUCCUCUUUGCCGUGGGUGGCUGGAGCGUGGGCAGCCCCACCAACGCCAUCGAGGUUUACGACAGCCGCGCCGACACCUGGCUGAAUGUCACCUGCGAGCAGGAAAGCCCCUUGGCCUACCACGGCACCGCUUACCUGAAAGGCUUCAUCUACGUCAUUGGGGGGUUCGACAGCGUGGAUUACUUCAACAGCGUCAAGCGGUUUGACCUCCUGAGGAGGACAUGGCAGGAGGUGGCGCCCAUGCACUCGCAGCGCUGCUACAUCAGCAUCGCCGUCCUCCACGGCUUCAUCUACGCCAUGGGAGGGUACGACGGGCAAACGCGGCUCAACACGGCGGAACGGUACCAGCCAGAGACCAACCAGUGGACACGGAUCGCCUCCAUGCACGACCAGAGGAGCGACGCCAGCGCAACCACGCUGCACGAGAAGGUGUAUAUCUGUGGUGGGUUCAAUGGGUCCGAGUGCUUGAUCACUGCAGAAGUGUACAAUGCCACAACAGACCAGUGGAGCUUCAUAGCCCCAAUGACCACCAGCAGAAGUGGAGUGGGAGUGAUCGCAUACGGAAACGCUCUGUAUGUGGUAGGAGGAUUUGAUGGAAUUAACCGACUUCGGAGCGCAGAGGUGUACAACCCCGCCACGAACACUUGGCGCAACAUCGCCACAAUGUUCAGUCCACGCAGCAACUUUGGGAUUGAGGUGAUGGAAGACUACCUGUUUGCAGUUGGUGGCUUUAAUGGUUUUUCCACCACUUCCAAUGUUGAGCGUUACGAUGAAAAAACUAACGAGUGGCAUGACAUUCAAGACAUGUCCAUCAACCGCAGCGCCCUGAGCUGCUGCGUGGUGCCAGAUCUGCCCAACAUCCGGGAGUACCUUGCCAGGUGA